ACAAACAUUUGUAAUAUGGUUCAUUUCGUGAACUCCCAUGUUAGCAUGUAAUUUGUGCACGUGCCACAUGGCAUUCUCCGUCGACCGGGUUAUUCCCACCGUCGUGCUGGGUUUCCGGUUCGAAUCGCUGAGAAACGGUACUCUCCGGUGCCGGAGCAGACACCUCGUCACCACCCAACUUUCCAACUCGUUUUCCAUAAAUUUCGCAUUGGAUUCUCAGAGCUUGAAUUCCAUCCAAUCCCAUGAUCCAUUACGGUUACCUUGGAUGGGUCCAGUUCCUGGUGAUAUUGCUGAAGUAGAGGCAUAUUGUAGAAUCUUUAGGAAUUCUGAAAGGCUUCAUUCUGCGUUAAUGAAUGCAUUAUGUGACAUGUUCACUAGUGAAUGUAGUGUUUCAUCUGAUGAGAAACUGCUUCUAGAAGAGAAAAUAGUUUCUGCCCUUGGAUGCAUGGUAGCCCUUGUGAACAAUGGGAGGGAUGAUGUUCUUUCUGGAAGAACUUCUAAUAUGAGUUCUUUCCAUGCUGCCGAGGUUAGUAGCAUAAUGGAGGAUGCGCUCCCCCCACUUGCCAUUUUUAGGAGUGAGAUGAAAAGGUGUUGUGAGAGCUUGCAUGUUGCUCUCGAGAACUAUUUAAUUCCUGAUGAUGAUCGAAGCUUGUAUGUGUGGAGGAAACUUCAGAGACUGAAGAAUGUCUGCUAUGAUUCUGGUUUCCCUGGCAGCGAGGAUUAUCCGUGUCCUGCACUGGUUGCAAAUUGGAGUCCUGUAUAUUUAUCCACUUCCAGAGAGGAUAGAGAGUGGAAAGAAUCUGAUGCAGCUUUUUGGACUGGCGGGCAGGUAACAGAAGAAGGCCUAAAGUGGUUACUGGAUAAAGGAUGUAAAACUAUUGUAGAUCUUAGAGAAGAGACUGUAAAAGAUAAUUUCUAUCAAGCAGCUGUGCGUGAUGCUAUUUCGUCUGGAAGAAUUGAAUUGGUCAAAAUCCCCGUUGAAGUUAGGACUGCACCUACAAUGGAACAAGUUGAGAGGUUUGCUUCUUAUGUUUCAGAUAGCAGCAAAAGGCCGAUCUAUCUUCACGGCAAGGAAGGAGUUUGGAGAACAUCUGCCAUGGUCUCCAGAUGGAGGCAAUACAUGACUCGCUCUGCAUCACUGUGUGUUUCUAAUCAAGCAGUUGUUUCUAAUGACAUGUUAUCAGAUUAUACAAAUGGACCUGGGAAACUGCAGGACCCUUCAAUGAUUGCUGAGAGAUCCUCCCUGGAAAAAGAUAUCAAUUUGUUGCAAGAGAAUUUGGGGGCAACAAAUAGUUCUGUUGGCACAUUUGACAGAAGUAUGUCUCCAAAGAAGAAAAAUGAAAAAACGCAAAAUAAUGGGGUCUUGAGUGGAAUUAGUACUUCAUCACAUGCCACUGCUGCUAAUGGGGAAGGAUCUUUUCCAAGUUUCUCCAGCAAGACCAGCCCUUUAGAAGCUCAAGUUCCUCCUUGUGAUAUCUUUUCAAAAAAAGACAUGUCUGGAUUUAUAGGAAGUAGGAAGAUCUCAAAAACCUCUUAUUUCAGUUAUCAGGUUAAAGGGUUGGAAUGCUUGCCAGAUUCAGGGAAAAUGAAUACUGGAAGAAUGCAGGGGGGAGUGAUUAUCAGCAGUGGUGAUAAUCCUGAACCUAAAAUUGUGGGUCCAGAAAGUUCUAGUGGGUCAUCUCAUGUGGAUUAUCCAUCUGAAGAGCCACAGAUUAAAGUUAGUAGCAAUUGGAAGUUAGUGAAUGGGGAUACUUCCAGUUCUAUUAGGACAACAGUUAAUGAGUUCAAUGAAGGGGAAAUGUAUUGCAUGACUGAUGCCAAUAUCUCUACCACUGUGAACAAUGACAUGGAUAAUGUCAAAACUAACUCUGAAAGGGUUGGAGAUGAUAAGAAUAAGGCUGCGUUAGCCUUAUGUGAUGAAGACUUGGGACUCAUUGAAGGAGACAUGUGUGCAUCCUCAACGGGAGUUGUAAGAGUGCAGUCAAGAAAGAAAGCAGAAAUGUUCCUGGUGCGAACAGAUGGAUUUUCUUGUGCCAGAGAAAAGGUGACUGAAUCUUCUUUGGCCUUCACUCAUCCUAGCACCCAACAACAGAUGCUUAUGUGGAAAUCUAUGCCAAAGACUGUGUUAUUGUUGAAAAAGCUGGGGAAGCAACUCAUGGAAGAAGCUAAAGAGGUUGCAUCUUUUCUAUAUUACCAAGAGAAAAUGAACGUUUUUGUGGAACCUGAUGUGCAUGAUAUAUUUGCUAGAAUUCCUGGGUUUGGAUUUGUUCAUACCUUCUAUAGUCAAGAUACUUGUGAUCUACAUGACAAAGUAGAUUUUGUGGCAUGUUUGGGGGGAGAUGGUGUUAUACUGCAUGCUUCAAAUCUUUUCAGAGGUGCUGUUCCCCCUGUUGUGUCAUUUAACCUUGGUUCCCUUGGUUUUCUAACUUCUCAUAAUUUUGAAGACUACAAACAGGACUUAAGACGAGUCAUUCAUGGAAAUAGUACACAAGAUGGUGUGUCCAUCACUCUUAGAAUGCGUCUCCGGUGUGAAAUUUUUCGUAAGGGUAAAGCAGUGCCAGGGAAAGUUUUUGAUAUUCUCAAUGAGGUUGUUGUUGAUCGAGGAUCUAAUCCAUACCUUUCAAAGAUUGAAUGUUAUGAACAUGAUAGACUUAUAACCAAGGUACAAGGUGAUGGAGUCAUCGUGGCCACCCCUACUGGAAGCACUGCCUAUUCUACAGCUGCUGGAGGUUCCAUGGUCCAUCCAAACGUUCCCUGCAUGCUGUUUACCCCAAUCUGUCCACAUUCACUCUCAUUUAGACCAGUUAUACUUCCGGAUUCUGCUCAACUUGAAUUAAAGAUUCCAGAGGAUGCUAGAAGCAAUGCCUGGGUUUCAUUUGAUGGGAAGAGAAGGCAGCAACUUUCAAGAGGAGAUUCUGUACGAAUAUCUAUGAGUCAGCAUCCUAUCCCGACCGUUAACAAGUUUGACCAAACAGGUGAUUGGUUUCAUAGCUUGAUUCGCUGCCUAAAUUGGAAUGAAAGGCUUGAUCAAAAGGCCCUAUAAAGCAUGUGAAAAUGAAGAACAGAUAUGUGUUAUUCUCCUGUGAUGGCUUGGAUUGUGUAAUUAUAGUGCAGAAUAUACGUUGAGAUGACAGAACUUAGAUAUAGGAGAUACUAGUUACCACCAAUUUCUUACAUUGGCUUCCCAUGAGAAGAUAGGGUUUACUAAUGGUUUUUCCACGUUAUUGUAGCAAGAUGCUGUUGUAUACUGACGUUUAAC